UCGAGCUUGUCGUGGGAGAAUGUUCUGGUGGUUUGUGGGUGGCAGAUCUGAGUGUAUAUAUUCAGCCUCGCCAAGGUAUCUCUUAGUAUGUCAUUUUCGUUUCGUGACAAACCGAGACUCAGUGAACGACUCCGAGGUAAAUCUGGUGAUGAUUUAAUCAACGAAUUAAAAAAUCAUAUUGACCAAGAGCGGAAGAUGUUCUUUGAUACUGCUCCAAAUUGGGGAUCUGUUCACCCGUCGGGAUCUUUCUCUUCUAGGACCGGCUUUCCAUUUGACGACGACAUGAUGCCCAGGAGUGGACGACAGGAUAUUCGUGCCCAUCUAGAUGAUCUGGCACAGCGACAUCCAGAAUUUGCAGACCAACUUCGAUGUCCUCCUUGGGCUGGAGAAAUGAGUGGAUCACCAUCACAUACUGGCACCUGGGGACAGAAUAGACGUGGGUCAAGUGAAGCUGAACCACACACACAGGCAAGAAGCAGCAGUAGUGGCAGCAAUGUGGAAAGUGAAAUGGGCACAUCAUCUCCAAAGCCAGAGGAUAACAGAGGCAGGAACCCUUUCCCUCAGCAAGGAGAAGCUGGUAGAGAUGACGGUGGGAAUCGUGGCCAUCGUUCCAUGUCUGCACCUCCUGACGCUAGAAAUCAGCAACCACCCCAGCCUCAAAAUCAACCUCAGCAAACACCUCAGCCUCAAAGAUAUGUUUCCAGAGUUAACAUAACACCAGGAAAACCACCUGUUGCACCUCAGAAACCGCAGUCACCACAGCAAUCGUCUAGCAAUGUGAGGCAUAUACCUAUUUUUGUUGAAGGGAGAGAUGAACCUAUUCUUCCUAAGAAUCUGGCUUCUGAAGAACCACCUCCAGAACAAGUGUUUCCACAGAGGAUUCCUCCACAGCCUCAACAGACAUUUUCAAAACCACAGACGUACACAUCGCAUCACCAGUUCCAGCCACAACAGCGUUUUUAUUCUCCACCACAGUCAGCACGGACAGAAUAUACUCGUCCACAGCAGAAUGUACCACACUCAAAACCUGAAACAAUAUUUUCUCAACAGAAUUCAGCGCCAAGUAUGCAGCAGCCAGCAGCGCAGCAACCAAAGGAGAUGCCCAAGCCAUCACAACAACCUAAGCCUCAGCAGCCAAAGCCUCAACAGCCUAAUGAUCCAAUUCAUCGUGUUCAAGCUGUCCAGAAGGAUGUGGAAAAUCUUCAGAGAAUGGUGGAAAAUUUUGCUGGAACCUCCAGGAAAGAUAAGCAGUAUAUAUACCUUGAUGAAAUGUUAACAAGGAAUUUAUUAAAGCUAGAUGAUAUUGAUACGGAGGGUAAGGAAAAUGUGAGGCAAGCACGCAAGGAAGCAAUACGCAGUAUACAGAAAUGUAUCAGUAUUCUGGAAUCGAAGGUGCCAGCACCAGAGGAACAGAAAGAAAAUGCAGUUCCAGAAGACACACAAGGGAUGCAGUCAGUAGAUAAUAGUGACACAACUGAACUGAGAGAAGAAAAUCCAGCAGAAGAGAUGGAGGCUGACAUAGUUGCGCCUGAGCCUCCAGUGCUGGAAAAUGCAGGUGAGAAAAUGGAGCCAGAUGUUAAAGAGACUGAGGAACAUAUUGAGAAAAUGGAUGUUGAGCACUCAGCACCAACACAACAGUCUGAGACAGAAUCAAGUCCGAUAGAAACAAAAGGUGAGUCUCAGCCUUCAGCAGAAGUAACUGAAACUAAUAAAAAUGAAAAUGAUGAACAUAAGGGAGAAUCAGCUGAUACACAGCUGACAAUGGACAUGGUAGUGACACCUGAGGCUCCAUUGACUGAAUCAACUAAUCAGGUUGCAAGUGAGAAGCCUUCAGAGAAGGUAGAUAAAAGUGAUAUGGAAGUAGAACCACCUGCAUCAAAUCAGACUGAUCUGGUACAGAUGGACGCAGAGGCUCUUCCACAGAAAGAUGUGGCAGUAAAAACAGAUGUGGAAAUUCAGAAGGAAGGUGACGUUAAAGAACCACACUUACCACAGACAGCGAAGGAGACAGAAAUGCAAGAAAAUGUUAGUGCUACACCAGAGAAUUCAAAAGAAGCUGAACCAAAGACUGUAGAUGAGACAUCUGUGAUGCAAAUUGAACCAAUACCAGCUGGGUCGGAAAUAACAAACCCUCCGAAAGCUGAAGAAUUGAGUGAAACACAGCAAGAAUCAGCAAAAGAAAAUGCCAGUUCUGAACUAACCUCUGAUAAGGAUCCAAAACCAGAAGUUGAUACAAAGAAAAAGAAGACUGGUAAAAAAGUGAAAUCCCCAUCCAAAAAACCUCCUAAACAAGGUUCUAGUAGCAAGUCAGAUACAAUUUCUAGUUCAGAAGAAGCACAAAAAAGUUAAUUUUUUGAGAACUUUUUUAAAAAAAUAACUUAUUUAAGAGUAUUUUAAUAAAGACUGCAGAGACAUGUAAAAUGUUGGAAAGUAUUAUUCUCAUUAAUGUGUAUAGAUUUAUUUAUGUUGAUUUCUGGUGCUGUUGUCUCAUGGAUGUGAGUGAUACCAGUUUUUAUUUCUACUUCAGUUGUUCCUUGGUACUGAAUGUGUCCUCAAUCACUUUAUACUUUUAAGUGAUGUAUAUAAUGUGGAUAAUCUUGCCAAAGAUAUGUCAGAUGUUUUUGUUGUAACUGGAUCAGUUUCUUUGAGCUGUGAUAAUUUCUAAACUUUUAAACUAUGUAUGAAAUGAAUAUUUGUUCUUAUAAAUUUUCUCUGUAAAUUAAACAUUGAAUAAGCCUAUAGCACUUUUAUAAUUAUAUGUACAAAUAUUUAAAUGUAAAUAAAUAGUAAAAAUUCUUGUA